CACAGGAACGCGUCACGCGCCGCCGAGCAGUGCCCCUCCGCCGAGGAGAAAAGUAGAGUGGGCACAGGGGGCGGGGCGCGCGGCGACGGAAAGUAGUCCCGCGGCGGGUGCGCGCGCGCGCGCGGCCGUCCACAAACCCAGCCCCGAGCGGGGUGGGAGCGAGAGAUCCGCGGGCCCGGCAGUGCGGAGAGAGGCGCGGAGGGAUCCGUGGGAACCGCAGUGCGGCGGCGCGCGGACCGGGCGGGGCGGGGCGCGCGCGGCGGCCGUUGAGGGACCGUUGGGGCGGGCGGCGGCGGCGGCGGCGCGCGCUGCGGGCAGUGAGUGUGGAGGCGCGGACGCGCGGCGGAGCUCAAGCUGCUGCAGCUGCUGCCGCCGCCGGAGGAACCUUGAUCCCCGCGCUCCGGACACCCCGGGCCUCGUCAUGGCUGACCAGCUGACUGAGGAGCAGAUCGCAGAGUUCAAGGAGGCCUUCUCCCUCUUUGACAAGGAUGGAGAUGGCACCAUCACCACCAAGGAGCUGGGGACAGUGAUGAGAUCCCUGGGACAGAACCCCACUGAAGCCGAGCUGCAGGACAUGAUCAAUGAGGUGGACGCGGAUGGGAACGGGACCAUUGACUUCCCGGAGUUCCUGACCAUGAUGGCCAGAAAGAUGAAGGACACAGACAGCGAGGAGGAGAUCCGAGAGGCCUUCCGUGUCUUUGACAAGGAUGGCAAUGGCUACAUCAGCGCCGCAGAGCUGCGCCACGUCAUGACGAACCUGGGUGAGAAGCUGACUGAUGAGGAAGUGGAUGAGAUGAUCAGAGAGGCUGACAUCGACGGAGACGGCCAGGUCAACUACGAAGAGUUUGUACAGAUGAUGACUGCAAAGUGAAGGCCCCCGGGCAGCUGGUGAUGCCCGUUCUCUUGAUCUCUCUCUUCCCGCGCGCGCACUCUCUUCAACACUCCCCUGCGUAUCCCGGUUCUAGCAAACACCAAUUGAUUGACUGAGAAUCUGAUAAAGCAACAAAAGAUUUGUCCCAAGCUGCAUGAUUGCUCUUUCUCUUCCUCCCGAGUCUCCUUCCAUGCCCCUGCCAUCUCUUCCUUUUGCCCUUCCCCCUUCCAUUCACAUCUUCCAAGGCCUGAUGCAUUCAUAAGAUGAGCCCCCCAGUCCCCUUAGGGGGGGGGCCCUGCCCUCCUUCUCCAGCCCGGGUGGCUCUCGUCCGUCUUGGUUUGUUUCUAUUCAUAUGUCCUCUUAUAUUUUGGGUGCCGGGUGGCUGCCAGCCCUGUCCCGGGACCUGCUGGGGAGGGGCCGAGUCCCUCCGGAGGGCCGGGCAGGAGAGCACGCCUUUCGCUGUUGCAUGCGACCAGCCCUGUGAUUCCCUGUGCCGAUCCCAGCAGCCUGUUGGGGCAGGGGUGCCGAGAGAGGCAUUCCAGAAGGACUGAGGGUGGCGGUGGCGGGGGGGGGGUUCCAGAGUUGUGGUGUUGACUGGAUGUGGCCCAGGAGGGGGUCAAGGGGCAAGUGAGGCUUGGAAGCCCGCAUUCUUUUACCACUGGAGGAGGCCGGCUCAUAGAAGGGGCCCCGAGAGAGUGGACAAGGCUCAGAUCCCAUUGGCUGCUCUUCUGAAACCGUCCGAUUGGCUUCCUGCGGUGGGGCUGAGUGGGGCUGCUCCCCGGACCCCCCUGCACGUUGUCCAGCCCAUGCUCCUGACGCGAUCUCAAGCUGCCCUGUAAAUACCUGGUGCUAACAUCCCGUGCCGCUCCCUUGUGACGCCCCUGCCCACCCCCAUCGAGGUCCCCUCGUCGGAAUGGACGUGGGGAUGGCCGCUUUGUAAUACGCUGGUUAUCCUUUCUUUUUCUUCAUGCCCCUUAAAGCUUUAAUUUUGUCCAACGCCAUGCUGGGCUAGCUGAGGGGUGGAGAGAGGGAAGAUGUGCCCCACCACACUGAAGAGAACAUGCCUGCAAUAAAACAGUCCCGUCGGCCAGCUGCCCUGGAGGACCAGCGGCCACGGGCAGCUCUGCUUCCUGCUCCGCCGGCCCCUCCCGCUCCCCUGUGGUGACUUGGCUGGCUCCCCGACCUUUGUGCUGUCUCUGUGCCCGCCUUUCCCCUCGCCCACCUGCCUGCCCUCACACUCCCCAGCCGAGAGCAUGAUCCGUGACCUUGCUUCUGAUUUUCGCCUCUGGGACAGUUCAGUCAAUGUGGGCAGUUUGGUCAUCCGGAUUUUUUUCUUUUUCCCUGUUCAUUUCAUCUGCCCUCCACUCCCCCUCUCCAGCCCCAGGUUGACCAAAUGGCUUUUCCUGGGACCUGCCCAGCUUUGAGAAUCUCUUCUCAUCCCCACCCUUGGGCACCCAACCUCCGGGGGAGGGAAGGGGAGGGAUGGGGCAUAGUGGGAGACCCAGCCGAGAGCUGAGGGUAAGGGCAGGUAAGCGUGAGGCUGUGGAUGUUUUCGGAGUGUUUUGGUUUGUUUUUUUUUAAACCGGGCAAUAUUGUGUUCAGUUCAAGCUGUGAAGAAAAAUAUAUAUCAAUGUUUUCCAAUAAAAUACAGUGACUACCUGA